CGUGAGCUGAUUCUUCUUGAGUAUGGCUUGAUUAAUGGCGACUGCAGGACACAGCAUGUAUAUUAAUCUCCAAUCGAUACCCACCUGUAUCCAAUGGUUACGUGGGUAUGUGACAAGAAUGCUGACCCAUUGUGAUACUAUCUGGUGCUCACAGCCGCCCCCGACGUGAAUGCAUGCAUGAUCCUCGCACGUUCCGUUCAAGUUGCCGCUGGCAGGGAAGAUCUGGUGCUAGCAGGGAAAAUACGUGAGAGCGUGUGGCAGCACUACACCAGAAAGGUAGGCUGUACACCGCCUACUCCUGGCACCCUUGCUCUCUGCUCUCGCCUAUUCAGCUGUACUCGAGGCUCGUCACAAAAGUGUCGAUGAAAGAACGCCUCC